AUGCGAGUGUUCUCACCUUUGGGAUUGACACUGAUCUUUACGAACUCUAUCAUUUUCAUCGUUUAUAACAAGCCUUUCGGAAGAAACUCGAAAUCGCCGGAGCCGAAAACGGCGGCUCUCGGAAGAGAUAAUGCGUGUGGCGUUUGUCGCCAUGCCAACAGCAUUGUAGUUGUUGGUCCGUUGCAACAGCCUCCCCCUCGAUUAUCCAACAUCCACCCGUUUGUCGCCAAACAAGCCCGACUUUGGAAGCUUCUCUCUGAGGAAACCUCUCUAAUAUACUUCUUUUUUUUUUUUUUCACCAAUUUUUUUCGCUCUUGUUAUACUGCUAGUUGUUGUUGAUUAAUUUUCAAAUAAAAAAAAAACUACGUAUAAUCCAUUAUAUCCAGUCAGAAGCCAUCCUAAUAUGAUUUUAUUUUCAAGAACAAUCCACGGAUUUCGCAAUCUUUUUUCCGAAAAUUUGUUGUAACCAAUUUUCAUUUCUUCGUAAUCAUCAUGCGUUUUUUCUCUCUUUCAUACUUUUACCAGUUAGCUUAAGCUGGUGAGUCAGAGCGGCGGAAAGUUGGAAUUAUUCCCAGUUUAUGGCGAGUUUGAAAUAAAAAAAGAAAGGGCAGUUGGAUUAAAACAGGGCGAGCCACUGGCUGGCGACAUGCCAGCGCAAGCCACAAAUUUCGACGUCGCUCCGUUUCAAGGUGAAUCUUCUGAAUCUCCGGCUUUCACACGCUCUCUCUUCACCUUUUUUGCCUCAUUAUCUGACAACGGCUCAUGGUCGCUUCGAUCCGACCGUCUUCGUUUCACAAAACCUCUUCCGAAUUCCAUUUUUGGCGUUUUCCUUAAAAUAAGGAUUCUUCACGAUUUUGAGAAAAACUUUUCUUGUUAGUUUUCUAUAUUCGGUUUUUGUCUACGGAAAUAAGAGUUCAAAAAAAAGUUGUAUUUUGUGUAAUCAUAACUUUUCGACAUAAAUUUCACGUCAUCCUCAGUUUUUCUUUUCCCAGUUAGUAUUGACUACUUCUAAUAUUCCAAACUUCUGUGGUGUUUCAGCUUUAAAAUUGUAUGCAUUCAUUCUAAGCCGUUUAUAACGAGAUUUCACUAUUCUUCCCAACUUCAUAAGAAGCUAAAAGAAACAGAGAACUUUCCAAAAAGCUCAAAUAUCUAUCCAGUUCCAAAACUCAUUAUUCAAUUUCUCAUUUGAAGUUCUUCGCACCGCGUAAACUAAUCGCCGAAAUGGAAUUCUCUCGCCCAGGGCGGCCUAAUCGCCUACCAUUUCAUGAGCCCCGCCGCCGUAAACCUGCAAGGUGGAAUCCACGACUUUCUGCGACCUCAUUUCUAUCCAUUACUUGCCGCAUCGUAUCCCUCGCCAUUUUCGGUUACCUCCAAAAACUUAUUCAGAGGAAAAAUUUAAAAGUUCUGCUCCUUUUUUUCAGCUCUGUUCAAUUUUUUUUAAAGCCAAUUUUUUGGCUAACCUCAAACGUGGAUCGGGUAAGAGUAACGCGCUAGUACCAUACAGCCUAUCGAAGGGUCUAAAGCCUAACGAUGGAACCACCAGUGUAGGUGAUUCAGGGCUGGCUUGAGCCAUCGAGAAAAGGGUCCUGACACGAUAAGAAAGAGACAGCGCCUGGUGGAGAGCGCAGACAGGCCACGUCCUUUUGUGUCCUAAGUGAGCCUUGAAUCGGCUUUGUAUCUUGUCAAACUUCAGCGAAUCCGAUAGACUUUCGAUAUAUCAAUCAGCAUUAUCUCUAUAGCUCUGAUAAUGCUGAUUUUACCGGAUUUAUGAUGACAAACAUAUCAUUAUAGUAUCCUAAUCAAGUUAUUACCUGACCCCGGUGCGUGUAUAUUUCAAAACUUUUGGUUGAGAACAUUUCACAGGUUGAAAAAAAAAUAAAUAAUAUGAUGAAAUAGCUGAGUAUCAAAAACAGAAGACGUUCAGCUGUGAGAACGACAGCAAAUACUAAUUUUUCUUAUUUCGACCUUCGACAUGUGCCUUUCUAUUUCAGGCUUAAAGAUAGUUUUGAUCUUAGAAACACUGAAGAUCGGUUUUUGUAGCUCAUAAAACAGCAAAAAAUAUUUUCGCCGGAACGGGAACAGACCUUGACGCGACUCGAACCGGUCUCUGGCACGCCGCCAAGAACUUUCGCUCUUCUUUCUCGGUCUCUUCCUCCAAGUUUGAUUUUAUCGAUUGCGAAAUGAAAUUCUCGAAAUCCCUUAUCCUGAAAAUUCUGAAAUUAGCUCUAGGUGGCCGCUUAGUGCAAGAAUUCGUUGUAAACUCGAAAAAUAAUCACUGAAAAAAUUAUCUAAUUCGUCGAUUCUUCGCAAAUUUCAGACAGCGAGCUCAAAAAAAGAAAAAUUCCCUUCGUUUGUUUGAUAUUCUUUUUAUUUCUUCUCGACCUUAUUUUGCAUCUAUUUUUUCAAGUCGUUUGCAGACUUUUCUGAGAAGAAUCUUUUCAAUAUUCAUAAGAAAUAUUUUUCUUCAAGUUCCUUCUCUUCAAAUCUGCGUAUCGUUUUUCAAAAGCCCUUUUCCAAUUCUUGCAGAUAUUCAAGUUGCAAGAAAUCUUGUUGCAGACAUUUUCAUAGAUCGAAUUAUUCUCAAAUCUCUGAAUAUAUUUUAUCCGUAUACAUCAAUUCUCAAUCUAAAAAUAUGUGAAUAGGACAGUUUGAAAGCAAAAACUGCUGAGAAUCGUUGCGGUGAAACGACGCAAUUUAUGCGUCAUCCUCAAAUAUCAGACGACGUUCAGAUCUUUUUUCAUUUUUUGUAACUCAUUUUUGGAUUCUUUUUUUUCGUACAAAGAUCCAUCUGAAGUCGCACACUGAAAAAUCUCAAUUGAAAAGUGAAUCAAAUUGCUAUUCGCAUGCAGUUUAUUGUACUUGUUCGUAUCGUUUAUCCAUUUAGUUAUUUUGAACAUAAACUCGGCCAAACUGAUAUUUUAAAGGGAUGUCGAGCACCAUAGCCCAAAAAGGGCUGCUGGCUCUCUCGAUCAUUCUCAUCAUUGGCGGGAUCUGUCUGACGUGUGGCGGAGCAUUUUCGCCGGCGUGGCAGGUCGUCGACAUUCGCGAAUUCCGCGCCGAGCACCAGGUCGGUUGAAAGUAUUCAUUCAUAGAAGUAUAUAUAUAUAUAUAUAUAUUUCAAAAAAAUCACAUACUUUUUUUCACAAGAUUUAUGAUAAAGAAGAAUAUUUUCACAGCACGGCCUUUGGUGGGACUGCAUUCGAGCCGAAAAAAACACGUCGUCGCCGUCGGCGAUUUCUACGACGAAACUCGGCUACACUGCAUGUAUAAGGUUUUUUUUUCAAUACAAAGUUAUAAUUUAUUCCAUUUCGUAUUCAACUAAACUUCGGCGUGGUUUUAAUUAUAUGAAUAAUAUCUUUCAUAAACAUUGAGGCUGUAACAGCCGCUGUAAUCAAUAGAAAUGUUGGUCCGUGUCGGAUUUUUAUAAAUUUUGAUUAUUAUUUGUACUGGCGAUGAGAAGAUGGUUUUGUAAAUAUUUAAUGGACGUUAUAGAAACGAUCGUUCAAAGAAAAGUGAUAUGAAAACUUUAUUAUAUUUGAUGCGCAGCGUCUGGUCUCAAGUCGAUAGCAAUUUUGAACAAAAAGCUAGGUUAAAGUUCUGAUUGCUGUGAUUUUCGCGUUCUUUGCUAUAAAUGAACCUUUAAAAAAAUAGAAUAUUUAUAAAAAAAUUAGAAUAAUUUAUACUUUUUAUAAUUUAUAGGAGAGAUCAUCGUACUUUUUGAAGAAUGGAUUGAAAAUUUCCCGUUCAUGCUCUAAACAUUAAAAAAAAAGAGAUUUUCAGUUUGACAAUUCUGCCGAGCUUGUUAUCGAGAACACCUUGAACAACAUUGACGAGGACGGAGCGGCCGGAGAGAGCGAACAUCACCGUUUCUGGGGUUAAUAAUAAUAAUUUAUUGACAGAUCAGGGGUUUGUCUUCCAUCAAGUCCAUCGAUGAGCAGGACCUAGAAAUGGACUCUCUAUCUUUACACAAACCUGUUCCUGACAAAACAAAAGCUAUCAAACUUUCAUCUUUUUAUCUAUCAUAGUCAAGUUGAUGAGCUCUGUAUGUAGAGCUUGUUGAAGAAACAAUUUGAAAACGAAGAUGUAGACUGAAGCCUCGAAAAAAGAACUAAGGACUUCUUGUGUCCGAUUUAUCUUGGUAGCUUUCAGGCUGGCACAAGGCGAUCCUCUUCUUCAUCAUCACGUCGGAAUUCCUGGCGUUCAUCUCCAUCUGCACGGGAGUCUGCGCGCCGUGCUUCACGCCGACGGCCUUUGCCUUCACCAUCUCGCUGUUCAUCGCCAGUGGGACUGCCGAUUUGUGAAUUACCACAGUUAUGAUCUUCAGUGCUGUGCUCUUUGAUCGCUGACGGCGUUUUCUUCUUGGCCGCCAACCGCGUCGACAACCGAUUCGUUCAGGGAAUGGUCGGCACUUAUGAGGUUUCUCCAUUUUCUCAGUUACCCAACCUUUCGGAAAACCUGUCGAAACCGGAAGCAAUUCUUAGCAACGGAUCGGCUACGCCUUCUACCUGCAUCUGAUGGGCACCAUGUGCUGGAUCGGAGCCUUCGUCAUCGCUCUUCUCACCACCUACAAGUUCCUUUCCGGCGAAGGAACCGACGGAAGGUGAGCUUUUCUUCUACUUUUGGGCAUGCUUUCGGUAGAUACACCUGAAAUAGACUUUUUUGUUGUUUCCGGGCUUUCUUCCGUUGCGUGUAUAUGCACCUUUUCCGCUCCUACUAGUCUUUUCUCUGAAGAAAGGGGCCUAAAUUUAUGAUAUCAGAAAAAUUCAGGAAAAGGCCAGUAAAGUGUAUCGUUGAACAGAUUUUUUAAGUCUUCUAAAGGAUCAUUUUUUGAUUUAUCAAAUUGAAUAUUCAGUUAAAAAGGUGUUAUCUAGAACCUAGAUUGAGGAAAGAAUGGUCCUUCCAAAUUUCAAUAAACCUACCCAGUCGUAAAAAGUAUCGAAAAACACGAAAGCAGGAUAUUUCAUGAAGAAAAUUGUAGCAAGGAGAAUCUGUUCACCUGGCAGAAGCAGCAACCGACAACGCUCAGCGUGUAAAUCCUUUCUCUUUCUCUUGGUUUCUAACCGUUGCACCUAAUAUGAGCAAUGCGACGCUUUGCACUAUUAGAAGCAAAAAUAACUAAAAUGUUUUGCAUGGGUGGCGUUGUCGUGUUUCUGUGUUGUGAUGGGUGCUUUAGUUGAGGUUUUCUUUUCUUUCGGAGUAAUGAGAUGGAAUUAUAAAUAAGGCUAACUAUACCGUGUGUCGUGUACCUUUGUUUGGUGUUGCAGGUCACGUCGCGAGUAUUGGCACUAAUUCUGCACAUUUGGUUCCUCAGCUUCACCUUCAGUUCCCCUUUGCCUGUCGCUUUUGUUUUCUUCUUUUCCUUCCCAUCUUCUCCGGUUUUCAGUACCGAGCUGCCUUUCCGCGGAAACGUGCAGACUAUCCGCGAGGAGCCGCUUCUCGAAAAGUAUCCCCCCAGCAGCGUGUAUCGCCCAAGUCCUCAGGUCAUUUUUUUACCUUAAGACUCUGGUCUUUCGUCGAAAUCAGUUAUUUGAAGUUUCAUGUUCCAGGUGCCAUACCGGACGACGAGCAUCACUCAAUACCGCGAAACCAGUGCCUGA